AUGUCGAUCGAUAUCAGAAUAGCAAUGGUCAACCUGUGCCUUCUUAUUGUUUUCCUAUUGCAGGUUUUGUUUCAAGUUGUAGUCUCUCAUUCAACUGUUAAGUUUCUUCCUGGGUUUCAUGGUCCUCUUCCCUUUCACCUUGAAACUGGAUAUGUUGGUGUGGGUGAACAAGAGGAUGUACAGCUCUUCUACUACUUUAUGAAGUCCCAAGGGAAUGCUGAAGAGGACCCUCUCUUGCUUUGGCUAACCGGUGGCCCGGGCUGCUCUGCCUUUUCUGGUCUUGUUUUUGAAACCGGUCCGAUACAUUUUGAGAUGAAGGAGUAUAAUGGGAGCUUACCUACAUUUGUCUUGAAUCCAUACUCAUGGACACAGGUUGCCAGCAUAAUAUAUAUAGAUAUGCCUGUGGGCACUGGAUUCUCCUAUGCAAGAACCCCACUUGCUUCACAGAGAGGUGACUUCGAACAAGUUUCGCAAGGUGCCCAAUUUCUUCGGAAGUGGCUAAUGGAUCAUCAAGAAUUCCUCUCAAAUCCAGUCUAUGUUGUCGGUGAGUCCUACACUGGCCUGAUCAUUCCGGCUAUGGUUCAAAUGAUUUCUGAAGGGAACGAUGAGGGUAUCAAACCACCAAUAAAUAUCAAGGGAUACGUACUUGGGAACCCUGUUACUAAUUCUACUUUUGACCUUAACUCGAAGAUACCUUAUGCUCAUGGAAUGGGCCUUAUUUCUGAUGAACUCUAUGAGUCAUUGAAGAAAAGUUGUGGAGGAGAAUAUCAAAAAAUCGACUCAAGCAAUGUAGAGUGUUUGAAAAAUGUAGAGGCUUUUGAUAAGUGCAUUUCAGGAAUUAAAGAAUCGCAUAUUUUGGAACCAAAGUGUAUUUAUGUUUCUCCCCGCCCAGUAGAGAUGUUUGGUAGAAGAAGAUCUCUCAACGAGAACCCUCUAGAGUUCCUCCAUUUGGAACUUGAUUUUCCUGAUACGAUUGGUUGUCGUGAUUAUGGAUUUGUCCUGGCAAGUUAUUGGGCCAAUGACAAUAAUGUCCGGAAAGCACUGCAUAUACGGGAGGGAAGUAUAGGGACAUGGCACCGAUGCAAUUAUAAAUCAUACAAAAACCAAAUUAAGAGCAGCAUCAAGUAUCAUAUAGAUCUUGGGAAUAAAGGUUACCGCAGAUUAAUCUACAGUGGCGAUCAUGACAUGAGGAUACCAUUUUUGGGAACUCAAGCAUGGAUAAGAUCUUUAAACUACUCUCUUAUCGAUGACUGGCGUCCAUGGCACUUUCAAGGUCAAGUUGCAGGGUACACGAGGACUUACUCUAAUCAAUUGGUAUUUGCGACAGUCAAGGGAGGAGGACACACAGCUCCAGAGUUCAGACCUGCUGAAUGUUUGGCCAUGUUGAAAAGAUGGUUAAUUCAAGAAACUUUGUAA